AUGGAUGAAAGAAAAUCGAAAACAAAAUCGACGGUGGGUGAAUGUGAAAAAAUAAUGUUUAUUUUUGAUGAUAUAGGAUUACUGUAGUUUUUACGUGAAGUUAAGGUGGUAUUAAAAAUUGAUGUGAUUUUCAAAUUCAGAUAAUUUUUUUUCAAAAUUUGUUUGCAUUUUUACAAGUAUUUUUGAGUGGGUGUUAAAUACCAAUAUAUACAUUUUGAUCUAUAAAUAUUAUAUUUUUAAUGAAUUCGGAUUACUGUAUGUUUACUGUGAACUUGAAUAAAAAAUCUGAAUGAUUUUUAAGUUUGGGAAACACGAAAUUUUCAGAUUUCAGUAGGGCUAUCUAAUUUUUGAAAAUUCGUUGAUUUUUCCACUUGAGCUUCGAAAAAAUCUAAUUUUCUCCACAAAGACUCUUCGGUCAAAAUCAAUCACAAAGUGAAAUGUGUUUUUUUAUUCUAACCUCUCAAAACUUUUUUCUCCUCACACAAAACACAUUUUUCUCCUUCUAUCUCUCAAAUUUUCCAUCACACACAAAAUGACAAACUCACCCAGUGGUUGCAAACAGAGUGAAUAGAGUAGUGGUAGUGUUCUUGUUUGUCGUGCGGCAGGCAAAGGGUUCAAGUACUGAUGAUGUUAACUCCAGUUCUGCUACUGAAUGAAUGUGACGAUAUUCUUUCCCCGACUGAGGUACAUUUUUCAGUUUUUGCUUCGAGUUUUGCCACAAUUGAUUCUUGUUGGAAUAUUAUCAUUGCAUCUUGUUAUUGGUGCUUUUAUUUUUCAAUGUUUGGAUGAAGAAUUGGCGAAACUUCGAUUCUUAGAUGUCGUAUUUUUUGAGUUUAUAACAAUUUCAACAAUUGGUUAUGGUAAUAUUUCUCCAACAAACGACGCAUCAAGACUUUUCACUAUAUUUUUCUCUAUAAUUGGAAUUCCCUUACUUAUUGUAACAUUGGCUAAUUUUGGUAAAUAUUUGACCAAGUUUUAUUGGAAAUUUCAAGAUUUUUUACGUUCUGUGAGUUUUUCCAAGUAAACAACUUCGUGAUAAAAAUUGUAAUAUUUCAGGAAGAUGCAAAAUCAAAACUUGCAAGUGAUGCAGAUAUGCCAAUUUGGGUGAUAUUAUUUUUAUAUUGUUCUACAAUGUUAUUCGGAUCAAUGUGGAUUGAUCAUAAUCGAAACCAUUUUACAGUUGAUGAUAUUUAUUUCGGGUAACAAUUAUAUUCUCCAAUUAUAUAAAAUCAAUAAUUAUUUUUCAAGGUUCAUAAGUUUUGCAACAGUUGGAUUUGGAGACACAGUUCCGAAAACUGAUAAAAUAUCUGAAAUAAUAUUUGCUGCUUUAUAUUUGGGAUGGGGUGUUGUAUUAACAACGAUAUUGUUCAAUGUUUUCAAUAAUUAUUUUCACAGAGUAAGUUUGUUCAAAUUAGUAAAAGCUCGAAUGAAUUUUUUACCGGAAGACCCAAGAAAAAUUUUCAAAUCAAACGCUUCAAAAAUUCAGAAUUUUUUCUCAAGUCCCAAAUCCUGAAAAUUCUCUUCGGAGUUAUAUUAUAUUGAAUGUCCUCUUCCAUGACUUUUCUUGACUCCAAAUAAAUUCAGGAAAUAUAAAUAUUUCAAAUAAAGAUGCGUCGUGGCUUAUCUCUGCUAAAAAACCAGCUUCGCAACUGCCUUUCAAAUUUCAGUUCAAAAAAUAACAGAUCUAUUUCAGGUUUAUUAUCUUGGUCGUCGUUUCAAAGGACAUCGAGAUGUCGAUGUUUUUAUUGGCGGUGAAUGUAUAACAGUUUCUCAAAUAACAUCUUUGGUUGCUCAACAAUUUCAUGUAAUUCUUCUAUACUUUUUUUCUUUCUUAAUCCCCUCAAAAUAUAUUUUUAGGCUGCUCCUCGCGAAGUUCGAACAAUUUUACAAGAACUCGAUCAACUUAUGGAAAAAUCAGUCGAAACGAAUCAAUGA